GUCACAGCCGUCAGAAGUAUAUGUAACGAAGUGGUCACAUGACUACCGGUCACAUGACGAGGUGAACUAUGUCAGGACCGAACGGGGACCCGCAAAUCCCUCUUGGCGAGGUGUCCGGGGAGGAAGACUAUGCAGCCUUGGACUUCAUGUUGGAUCAGAUAAAUUUCUGCUUGGAUCACUUAGAGGAGAAAAACGAUCUCUUGCACGCUCAGCUCCAGGAUCUUCUAGAAUCCAACCGGCAGGCCCGGCGUGACUUCCAGGAACAGCUAAGCCGGAGUGGAGCGGACAACACGCCGCAGCUGGGGGAGGGGGUAUAACCUCCAUACAUGUAUGGUCCAGAGCUCCUCCCGCAGACCACCAUUUAUUAACCACUACCCUAGCAAGAACAUUACGCAGCAGGAAUCUUCAUCCUCUGGCACUACAACUCCCAGCCGGAGUGCCGGAGGUUGCCGAGUCCUGUCAUAGAACAUGAGUAGAGCUUCUUCUAUGGGGGAGCACUACUGGUGUUAUGGGCCCCUGGGUCCUGCAAAUAAAUACUGAGUCAUCCUCCCAUCAUCUUCGACCAGACAUUGAUUUUUAUUUAUUUCAAGGUUAUUAAGUAGAACCCUUUGUUAAAGAGCCUCUCCAAAAACUGUUUUUACCUGUCAAUGUCGUCCUUGACUUUAUAAAGUGUUUCAGAACCUGUG